AUGAGCGAAGAGCCGAAGCUCUACACCAACAAACCAAAGAAAGCACAGCUGAAGCGAUAUCAGCAACAACAGGCAUCUGCACCAUCAUCGAUGGCGUCGUCGGGGCCGUCAACGGGGUCUCAGGCUGCUAUGACUCCGCCUCCUCCACCUCCUCCGCCGCCGUCGCCUCAUCCGCCUAAAGAAUCAUUUGCCCGCCGCUAUAAGUUCAUCUGGCCACUUCUAUUGGCUGUCAAUUUAACUGUUGGAGCUUAUUUUGUCAUGAGGACGAAGAAGAAAGAUGUGUAUACAGAAGAAGCCGAGUCCCAUGAUCUUCCUACCGCUCCAGUCUCAACUUCGGCUGCAGGUGCUACAGUUACUGAGAAGUCACAUUCUCCAACACCGGUCAUGGAGCCUGCAAAGUUACGUGCACCAAUACCAGAGGAUCAGCAGCGUGAAUUAUUCAGAUGGAUGUUAGAAGAGAGGAGGAAAGUGAAACCAAAAGAUCGCGAAGAGAAAAAACGCAUCGAUGAAGAGAAAGCCAUUCUCAAACAGUUCAUUCGAGCCAAGUCCAUUCCAAGCUUGUAA